GUGACGUCCAUAAAUGCUUUCUAGGUAGGCAGCUCACUAGGUUCUUGAGACACAGCCAGUGUCAUUGGCCCUGUCCCAAAUGGCACACUCCGGACUUGUGGACUUCCUCAGAGUCCACACUUCGGUGACGUCAUGUAGUGCAGACUUAUAGGGCCCCUCGCGCAAGUCCACAAGGGCGCAUUGAGAAGUAUAUUUGGGACAGACUCGAUCAUGAAGCGUGGUUAUUGUUGGACAGGAGCUGCAGGUUCGGUUCGGGGAAAUACAGAUGGCUUGCCAUGCAGAGAAAUCACAUUUACGCUCCGACGUCGUAGAAGACAAGAUUAUUUUUCAUGCAUACAAAUGCUGAUGUUAUGCACGGAGGAAAGGUGUCAAGAAUUGGCAGACUCUCCACCAAAGGCUCAGUGCUGUUACUGUGUGACAUGCAGGAGAAAUUCAGACCCAGUAUUUUCCAGUUCACAAACAUUGUGAGCAAUGCUGCAAGAUUGCUACAGGCAUGUCGAAUUUUGGGCAUCCCCCAGAUUUUGACAGAACAGUACCCUAAAGGUCUGGGCCCAACAGUGCCUGAGCUGGGUGCUGAAGGGUUGAUACCUCAUGCAAAGACCAGUUUUUCCAUGCUGUCUGAGAGUGUGAAAAGCUCACUCAAGUGCCUGGGAGAUCCUCAGCAAGUCAUAAUGUGUGGAAUUGAGGCUCAAGCAUGCAUCGCGUGCACAACCUACGAUCUCCUGGAGCGGGGCAUGGAGGUACAUAUUGUAGCAGAUGCUGUCUCCUCUCGAAGUCAGACAGAUCGGCUUUUUGCGCUGUCACGGCUGAAGCAGAGUGGGGCGUUUCUCACCACUACAGAGGGAGUUUUACUGCAACUAGUGCAGGAUGCCAAGCACCCUAAUUUUAAAGAGAUCCAGAAGUUGUUGGCUCACCCGUCCCCUGAUACAGGCCUGCUGGCCUUCCUCAGCUCUCUGUAGGGCCAGUCACACACCACACCCUACAGACAUAAUGACAUAAAUUACUAUAACUCAGCACAAACUGCUCUCUGAACUGUCUCUUGAACAGGACGCUAAAUAAAUUAAUAUUUAAAUUUUUUUUUUAAUUUCUUGUCAGUAAUCAGUAACAAGGAAUCAACCAAAUCAUUAAUGAUUUGAGGAUUGUAAAGAAAUGUAAUGCUAAUUUAAUUAAUGCAUAUUAAUUCAUUUUUUUUGUUGUUGUUUUUUUUGCUUUCAAAGCAAAUGCAAAGUUUGUUUAAGCUUGUUUAGAAACCGUUCUUGAUGACAUUUGUGAAUUAAAAAGAAUAUAGAUUUUAUGGAUGUGUCAAACCUGUUAUUUUGAACGUACAUUUUAAUUUACAAGUAAUAAUUUGUGUGUUAGAGUACUCGACUACAAAAUUCCUCUAUAAUUCUCAUCCCUAUUUUGUAUUAAAUUAUGUACAUGCAUCACACUAAAAUGAGAAUAAAGCUUCCUGUAC